GAAAAAGAAAGAAUGUGGGCUAUUUGCCCAUUUCCAGACAUUGUCUAAGAGCUUGAAAGAAGCUAAGUAUUUUACUUUGUCUCCAUAAUUUUUAAUUUCCAAUUUAUAAAAAAAAAAAAAACCAGUUCACCUUCACCCCCACUCUCUCUCUUUUUCACUUUUGAAUUAUUUUCUUCUUCUUUUUUUUCCACUAUAUUUUUUUUUCUUUUUUGGGUUCAUGCAUAGGCAUCAUUUCUCGGGUUGAGAAAACAGAGCUACUGAGUAUAGUUAGCGAUGGGAAAUUGCUGCUCGGACGUUGGCGGCGGGAUGACGGCUAUUGGUGGCACCGCCCCGUCGACUUCCACUAGCAACCAAAACGACGCUGCUGAUUGGUAUUUCAAGUCUCAUGGCAUACACGGCAUCUUCUCUCAGAUCGAGUUAUCGUUUUCUGCUACGAAUUUGCGAGACCGGGAUGUGUUCUCCAAGAGUGAUCCGAUGGUGGUGGUUUAUAUUCAAGAAAGAGAUGGAGCAUUUACAGAAGUAUUUCGUACUGAAGUAGUUCUGAAUUCAUUGAAUCCUACAUGGAUAACAAAGUAUACAAUUACUUAUCAAUUUGAGAUUGUCCAAAUAUUGCUGUUUCGUGUCUUUGAUGUUGACACUCAGUUUCAUAAUGUCGAAGUAAAGAUGCUUAAGCUGGAGGAGCAGCAAUCUCUAGGUGAAGCAAGUUGUGCAUUGUCAGAGAUUGUAAGCAAACCAAACAGGUCAUUAACCUUGGAUCUUGUACAAAGGGAGGAAUCUGUCCCAUCAACUCAUUCCCAACACCGAGGAAAGUUUACUGUGCAUGCUGAAGAAUGUUUUAGCUCAAAGACUACAGCAGAGAUGACGUUGAAGUGUUUAAAUUUGGAAUCUAAGGAUCUCUUCUCAAAAAGCGAUCCUUUUUUGGUAAUAUCAAAAGUCGUUGAGAGUGGUAUGUCUAUUCCUGUCUGUAAAACUGAAGUCUCAAAGAAUGAUCUCAACCCAACAUGGAAGCCGUUAUUUUUAAAUAUUCAACAAGUAGGAAGCAAGGAUAGUCCAUUAGUGAUAGAGUGCUUUAACUUCAACAGCAAUGGCAAACACGAUCUGAUUGGAAAAGUCCAGAAGUCAUUAGCAGAUUUGGAAAAGCUUCAUAGUGGAAGGGAAGGAGAAAAUUUAUUUUUGCCAACUCCGGUUGGGCAUGAUAACCAGAACAAGGCUUUAAGAAGCAAGCUUUUUGUGGAAAAAUAUUCUGAGACAGUCCAAUAUACCUUCCUGGAUUACCUAGCUGCGGGUUUCGAACUUAACUUUAUGGUUGCUAUUGAUUUCACUGCUUCAAACGGAAAUCCCCGGCUCCCUGAUUCCUUGCAUUACAUUGAUCCAUCAGGACGGCUGAAUGCAUACCAGAAAGCAAUCUAUGAGGUCGGAGAGGUAUUGCAGUUUUAUGAUGCAGACAAGCGCUUUCCAGCUUGGGGAUUCGGAGCACGGCCCAUUGAUGGUCCAGUUUCUCACUGUUUCAACUUGAAUGGAAGCAGUAACUACUGUGAGGUUGAAGGAAUUCGAGGAAUUAUGAUGGCCUACACCAGUGCCCUUUUUAACGUGUCUCUUGCAGGGCCAACACUGUUUGGGCAUGUGAUUAAUAGAGCUGCUAUGAUUGCCAGCCAAUCCCUGGCCAAUGAUGCUAAAAAAUACUUUGUUUUGUUGAUAAUCACGGAUGGGGUAAUAACUGAUCUCCAAGAAACCAAAGAUGCCCUUGUAAAAGCAUCGGAUCUCCCAUUGUCGAUUCUCAUAGUUGGUGUUGGAGGAGCCGACUUCAAAGAAAUGGAGAUUUUGGAUGCAGACAAGGGGGAAAGACUAGAAAGUUCGACUGGACGUGUUGCUUCCCGUGAUAUCGUUCAAUUUGUUCCAUUUAGAGAUGUACAAAGUAAGUCAUCUACUCACUCCGAUAUUUCGGAAAUGUUUCGAAUUUGGGAUUAUAUAACAAUUGAUUUUCACUUUGCAGACGGGCCUUCUGUUGUUCAAGAACUUCUAGCAGAGUUACCAUCACAAUUUUUAGCCUACAUGCGAAGUAGAGAGAUUAAACCAUGCAGUUAGAUUUUUAUACAGAAUGUACAUAUCAAUAUUAUUGUUCGAGUUUGCCUCUUAUAAGUUGUAAAUGCUACGGUGGCAUAGCAAUGCUUAAACUUGCCUUGAAAGAGCCAACAGAAUGUAUUGGCAUUAUGACGGUAGAUUGAAGAUUAAUCAGUCGACCAAAAAUCACAGGGCUGUCGGCAAAUUGUUUGUCAUAUCCAUCGUCCACAAUGGGUUGUAUAGAGACGGAUUUACAAUGACUGCAACCAAUGAAAGAGGGGGCAAAACCAAUGGGAAAUUGUUUGGUAUUGUUUGUGACUACACCCAUUUUUUUUCCUUUUAAUAAUGAUUGGCUGCUUUUGGAACAA